GAGGCUCAAACCCAGUUGUGGCGGUUGACUCUGUCUAUGUCUUUGGUCCUAACGUCACCAUUGUCACCAACUCCCGUACCCGUACCUACCCUCUCAGCUCUUGCUUUUGACUAUCGAUUCAUCUCUCUCCCCUCCCCACUAUCGAUUCUGAAUCUCUCUCCCCUCCCCAUGGCAGCUUCGAUUUCCAGCUCUCACUACGGUCCUAUCCAAAACCUCCGAGGGGAUUUUCCCAUCCGAAAAAGCAGGCUUUUCUGGCCUCGCCACUCUUGCCAAUUCAGGACAGCAAGAACCAAACUUCCGUGGCCGCUGUCAAUGGUUGUGAAGGGAAAUAAAGGAAGAAUUUUGCCACCGUGUAGCUACCCGGGGAGUGAGGUUGGGAAUAUUGAAGAGAGCAAUAUUUCAGUGGAGGACCAGCAGAGGGUACGGUGGUUUCGCGAGGCGUGUUCGUACCUCUGCGCCCAAAAGGGCUGUACGUUCGUUGUGCUAAUUUCUGGUCAAAUUCUCACCAGUCCUUUCUUGGAUUCUAUUCUCAAGGAUAUUGCCUGUCUUCAUCAUCUGGGGAUAAGAUUUGUGAUUGUUCCAGAGACCACUGUGAAGAUUAACAUGCUUUUGAAGCAGAGAGGAAGCAGUCCUAGGUUUGUUGGUGAACACAGGAUCACUGACUCUGAAGCUUUGACAGCAGCAAUUGAGGCCGCAGGGGGGGUUCGUAUGAUGCUAGAGGCAAAACUUUCUCCUGGCCCCUCUAUAUACAAUGUUCGUCGCCAUGGCGAUGGCAGUCGUUGGCAUGAAGUUGGUGUCAGCGUUGACAGUGGUAACUUUCUUGGGGCUAAAAGAAAAGGAGUUGUCAAGGGUGUUGAUUAUGGGGCAACAGGCGAAGUUAAGAAAGUCGAUGUGUCACGUAUGCGUGAAAGGCUUGAUGCUGGUUGUAUUGUUCUAUUAAGCAACCUGGGCCAUUCCAGCGCUGGAGAAGUUUUAAAUUGCAACACAUAUGAAGUUGCAACAGCUUGCGCAUUAGCCAUUGGAGCAGACAAGCUUAUUUGCAUCAUAGAUGGUCAAAUUCUUGAUGAGAACAAGCGUCUUAUUCGCUUCUUGACUAUUCAAGAAGCAGAAAUGCUGAUUGAUAAACGGGCUAAACAAAAUGAGAUAGCUUCCAACUGUGUGAAUGAUGUUGGCAAAGAGGAUCUCAAUUCCAGUCAUAAUGAUUCUAAUGGGGCUGUCCAUUGUCACCAGAAUGCAAAGGUUUCUGGUAAAAGGCGCAACGUAACCUUUCAGAAUGGUGUUGGAUUUGACAAUGGGAAUGGACUUUGGACUGGCGAACAGAGUUUUUCCAUCGGAGGUCACGAUGGACGAGGCCGAUUAAAUGGUUACCUUUCAGAAUUGGCAGCUGCAGCUUUUGUUUGCAGGGCAGGUGUUAAAAGAGUUCAUUUAUUAGAUGGCACUAUAGAUGGGGUUUUAUCAUUGGAAUUGUUUACGAGAGAUGGAAUGGGAACCAUGGUGGCUAGUGACCUCUAUGAAGGAACCCGGAUGGCUAGGGCCGAAGAUUUCUCUAGCAUAAGACAAAUCAUGCAACCUUUGGAAGAAUCUGGCAUACUUGUUCUCCGGACUGAUCAAGAGCUUCUUGAAGCAUUGGAUUCCUUCGUUGUUGUGGAAAGAGAUGGCCAGAUAAUUGCUUGUGCUGCUCUUUUUCCUUUCUUUGAGGAGAAGUGUGGAGAGGUUGCUGCUAUUGCAGUUUCUCCUGAUUGCCGUGGACAAGGACAAGGAUACAAAUUACUUGAUUACAUCGAGAAGAAGGCAUCCUCCCUUGGAUUGGAGAUGCUUUUCCUGCUUACAACACGAACAGCAGAUUGGUUUGUGAGGCGUGGUUUUUUGGAAUGUUCACUUGAGUCAAUACCAGAAAAGAGGAGAAAAAUGAUCAAUCUGUCCCGCAAAUCCAAGUACUAUACGAAGGAACUGCUACCUGAUUCAAGUGGAAUUACUGUUGAUAGAGCAGUCCUUUGAAGUUGCAAUGCUGCAGCUUGAAAAAUUAGUUUUAGUAGAUCAGAAGUAUGUCGCGGAUGUCUUUCUCAUAAUGCCGCAUCAGAUUUUUGAUGUUGGCUAUAUUGGAUUAAUCUGCCAUCCUGUGGAGGCAUACUCGAAAUUUUGUUCUGGGUUAUGUUGAAUAACAAGUAUUGCAAUUAACCACCUUUUUGUGCUCAUUUACAGAAUGGCAAGUUGCUGAUGAUAUAAUGAAAAGAAGAUGGUGACCUCUGAA